AUGGCCGCCGUAAACAACUCUGCUGCUGUUGAUCAGCUUACCGCCGACCUCAACAACACCUCCAUCGAUGGCAAGCCCUCCGUCGACACCUCCGUCUCCGCUGCCACCGGUGACGAUGCUGGCCCUACCCCCAACUCGGCCGCUCCCCACCCCCAGAACUCAGCCUCCCUCUACGUUGGCGAGCUCGACCCCUCUGUCACCGAGGCUAUGCUGUUCGAGCUCUUCUCUCAGAUUGGCGCCGUUGCUUCCAUCCGUGUUUGCCGUGAUGCCGUCACCCGCCGCUCCCUCGGCUACGCCUACGUCAACUACAACUCGACUCCUGAUGGCGAGAAGGCUCUCGAAGAGCUCAACUACACUCUGAUCAAGGGCCGUCCCUGCCGCAUUAUGUGGUCUCAGCGUGAUCCCGCCCUCCGCAAGACUGGUCAGGGCAACGUCUUCAUCAAGAACCUCGACGUUGCCAUUGACAACAAGGCCCUCCACGACACCUUUGCCGCCUUUGGUAACAUCCUCUCCUGCAAGGUCGCCCAGGAUGAGACCGGAAGCUCCAAGGGAUACGGCUUCGUUCAUUACGAGACUGACGAGGCUGCUCAGCAGGCCAUCAAGCAUGUCAACGGCAUGCUUCUCAACGAGAAGAAGGUCUACGUCGGCCACCACAUUCCCAAGAAGGACCGCCAGUCCAAGUUUGAGGAGAUGAAGGCCAACUUCACCAACGUUUACAUCAAGAACAUCGCCCCCGACGUCACCGACGACCAGUUCCGUGUGCUCUUUGAGGCCCACGGUGACGUUACCUCUUCCUCCAUUGCCCGCGACCCGGAUGGCAAGAGCCGCGGUUUCGGUUUUGUCAACUUUACUACCCACGAGGCCGCCUCCGCGGCUGUUGAAGAACUCAACAACAAGGACUUCCACGGCCAGGAACUCUAUGUCGGCCGCGCCCAGAAGAAGCACGAGCGCGAGGAGGAGCUCCGCAAGUCCUAUGAGGCUGCCCGCAUCGAAAAGGCCAGCAAGUACCAAGGUGUAAACCUGUACAUCAAGAACCUCGAUGACGACGUUGAUGACGAGAAGCUUCGUACCAUGUUCACUGAGUUUGGCCCCAUCACAUCUGCGAAGGUCAUGAGAGACAGCCCCUCUGACGACGAGGACGAAGAAGGCAAGGAGGCCGAGGCUGAGGAUAAGGACAAGGAGAACAAGAAGGCCGACGCCGAAGCCGAGGCCGCCGAGGCCGCUGAGGAGGAGAACAGCGACAAGGAGAAGAAGGAAAGGAAGGGAUCCAAGAAGCUCGGUAAGAGCAAGGGCUUCGGUUUCGUCUGCUUCAGCAACCCCGACGAUGCCACCAAGGCCGUCGCUGAGAUGAACCAGCGCAUGAUCAACGGAAAGCCCCUCUACGUCGCCCUUGCCCAGCGCAAGGAUGUCCGCAAGAGCCAGCUUGAGGCUAGUAUCCAGGCUCGCAACCAGAUGCGCAUGCAGCAGGCUGCCGCCGCCGCUGGUAUGUCUCAGCCGUUCAUGCAGCCCCCUGUCUUCUACGCUGGUCAGCAACCCGGCUUCGUUCCCCAGGGCGGUCGUGGUAUCCCCUUCCCCCAGCCCGGUAUGGGCAUGACCGGUGUCCGUCCUGGCCAGUUCCCCGGCUACCCCCAGCAGGGUGGCCGCGGUGGUCCCCAGCAGAUCCCCCCCAACAUGUACAACAUGCCCAACCAAUUCCCUCCUCAGUUUGGUCAGCCCGGGACUCCGCAGUUCAUGGCUGCUAUGCAGCAGGCGGCCCUCGGUGGUGGUCGUGGUGGUCCCCAAGGCGGCCGUGGAAACGCUGGCAUGCCUCCUAAUGCUGUUCCUGGCUUCCCUCCUAACAACCGCCAGGCCAUGGGCCGUGGUGGCAACCGCGCUGGCAACAACACCAACAAUGUCAAUAGUGCCAACAUCCAGCCUGUCCGCGCCAGCGAUAACGGUUCCGCUCUGCAGACUCAGAUUUCCGGCGCUCCGCCUGCUCAGCAGAAGCAGAUGCUUGGCGAGAUGAUCUUCCCCAAGAUCCAGGCCAUUAACGGCGAGCUUGCUGGCAAGAUCACCGGUAUGCUUCUUGAGAUGGACAAUUCCGAACUCAUUAACUUGAUCGAGGAUGACGCCGCUCUCAAGUCCAAGGUCGACGAAGCCCUUGCCGUCUACGACGAGUAUGUCAAGACCCAGGACGGUGAUGAGAAGAAGGAGGAGGAGACCAAGGCCUAA